UCAGAAAGAGUUAAAAGAUGCAGAGAGAUGCAGAGGGCAAGACAAUAACAGAGUGAACAAAACGAAGACAAAUUCAGACGGCAAUAUUAUAAACACAGAAGACAGACCAAGAGAGGAUUCUGCUGCAACACUGACCUGAGCAGGAUUAUAUUUCACUGCACUGCACACAUAAACACACACUUACGCAGAGGUGUGUGAUGCUGACAUCAGACAGCCAUGAGGAGGAUGCUGGCUCUCUUCUGCUUAAUUUCACUGGCGGCACCUCUAACAGACGCAUGGAGACCAUCACAACCACGACUGCACUUCCAACACUCAGAGCUGGUGCGGAGCGGCAGGCUCAUGUCUCUCUCUGUGCCUGCUGGGGAUCUGAACUCUCUGUUGCCAGGUGAAGAUGGUCGUCGUCUUUACAUCGGUAUGAAAGACCAUCUGCUGUCUGCCAGCCUGGAUGAUAUUACUCAAACCCCCCGCAAGAUCUACUGGCCUGCAAGUCCAGAUCGAAUCCAGAACUGUAUCAUGGCUGGAAAAAGUCUGCAGAUGGACUGUGCAAACUUCCUGCGUGUGUUAGAGCUGUAUAACCAAACACAUCUUUACGCCUGUGGGACUGGAGCGUUCAACCCUCGCUGUGCCUUCAUCCCAACCAACCUCUUCCUCAGGGCCGAGGAACAAAUCCUGCAGUAUGAAGACACUGAAUCAGGGAAGGGAAAAUGUCCUUAUGACCCUCACCAGAGAACAGCUACUGCCAUCAUAGACGGAGAGCUGUACGCUGGCAUCUCAUCUGACUUUCUAAGUCAUGAUACCGCUUUUAUUCGGAGUCUGGGGGAGCGACAUGUGAUUCGCACUGAACAAUACGACUCUACAUGGCUGCAAGGCGCUGAAUUUGUACAUGUUGCAGCGAUGUCAGAGAGUGAUAAUGAGGAGGAUGAUAAGGUCUACGUGUUCUUUACUGAGCGCGCGCAAGAAGCAGAGGGGGCUGCUGGGAAGGUCCUCUAUUCUAGAGUCGCCCGCGUCUGCAAGAAUGAUAUUGGUGGUCAGCGUAGUUUGGUUCAUAAAUGGAGCACCUUUCAGAAAGCUCGUAUUGUUUGCUCUGUACCAGGACCCGACGGCAUACAGACACACUUUGACAAACUCCAGCAUAUUUUCAUUCAGCGUGGAAAAGACAAAAAGAACCCCCUCAUCUAUGGGCUCUUCACCACUACCAGCAAUGUCUUGAAUGGAUCCCUAAGAAACAUUCGUCAGGUUACCGAUGACGGCAACCCACUGAACCAGUGUGUCAGACAGGGAGCUGGUCUUCAGGUGGAUGCAGAGGAGAAGACACAAGUUGUUGCCUUGGGUAAUAGCACCUACCUGGAGUGUCUACCCAAAUCUCACCAUGCCACAGUCACCUGGUUUAAAGACAUAGGCGAGAACAGCUUGGAGCAACAUAAGGUCAGAUCUGGGGAGCAGCUGGUUGUCAUUGACAGGGGCAUCCUCAUUCGCCAGGCUGAGCUCAAUCAUGGCGGCAUUUAUCAUUGUCAGCUUGAAGAGCAUGGAUUUCGCUGGACAGCCGUUACUGUUCGUUUAAUUGUGUGGAGCCCUGCUCUGCACCCCACUCUUGUCUCCUCCCAGCCAUGGUACCAGGAUGUGAUGGCAUUGAUCAACCAUGGCAAACUGGAGCGACACUGCAAAGAAUUCAGUCAGCGUCACAACAACAAGGAAUCAGGGAACCACAAGCAUAACAAACAGGACAGAAAGAGAGCAGACCGGCACAGGCACAGAGGAGGGGGAGAGAAGGAGAAAGGAAGGGGGCGGAAGAACCGGAGUCGAAUGCAGAGUUCAGCACAGAGGCUGCCGAGGAGUGCAUAGACCAAAUCACAGGUGUUUACAAAGCUGCUCAAAACAAAAGAAUACAACAAAACAUGCAAUAUACAGUAUAUGCACAGUACAUAUACACACAGCAUCAUAAUAACAGACAUUUGCUUUGUUUCAAGACCUAAUGAACUGCCUGCAUGCAAGUUUAAAAAAAUACAUGCAAGAUGGGGGAUGACAAUAGAAAAAUGUUGAUAAACUUAUAUUUUAUUAAAUUCAUUCAAAGACGUGUUUCGAUAUAGAGUGAUCAAAAUUUUGGGUGCAGCAAGAUUUUU